UGGAUCACCCAGAAAAUGCUGCUGGUAUUUUAUUCAGUGCUGAUGCUCGGAGUGGGGCGUUGCACAGACGAUCAGAUGUUUGAGACAAUGACUGUUGAUUUUGGACAAGAUGUGACUCUGACCUGUGACCGGCAGACAUCUUGGACUUCAACACAAUUAUUUUGGAUGAGGCUCGUUUCUGGAAACUUGCCUGAAUUCUUGGGAGGAACAGUUACCAUUGACUUUAAUGGUGUGACGACGACUGGUCACAUUACAUCCAAACAAGGGCCUGGAACAUUUAUUCUGCAUAUCAGUCAAGCAAAGCUAAGUGAUACUGGAGUUUACUUCUGUGUAAAAGUAAAACAAGUUGACAUGACAGUUCUGAAGGGAACAUUUCUAAGAAUCAAAGGACCAGAACCUGAUACCAUCGCCGUCGUUCAAGUCCCUCCAUCUGAUCGGGUCCCUCCAGGAGGCUCAGCGACUCUGCAGUGUUCAGUCCUCUCUGACUCUGAGAAGAAAACAUGUCCAGGAGGACUCGGCGUGUACUGGUUCAGAGCCGGAUCCCAUGAAUCUCAUCCCAGUGUCAUUUACGCUCAUGGAAACAGUGGUGAUGAAUGUGAGGAGAGUCCUGAGGCUCGCUCUCCACACAAAUGUGUCUACAACUUCUUCAUGGACGACAUCAGCCCCUCUGAUGCUGGGACUUAUUACUGUGCUGUGGCCACAUGUGGACAGGUGUUAUUUGGAAAUGGAACAAAACUGGACGUUGAAGGGUCCUUUAUCUGGCCACAGACAGCCAAGGCAGUUAUUUUUCUGCUGUGUGCUGUCUUGGUAGUAAGUCUGGUUGUCAUAGCCCUGCUCAUUUACGCCAUAACGUCUGACUGUUCCAAUGCUGCUGUUGCCGUGCAAAAAACCAGUGGUGGUCCACAGAGAGAUUGGAGCGUGUGCAUUUACUCGUUGGUCAUCUUACCCAUGAUGAAAACUGGCUGUGGUGCACCAACAGGUGCAAAAGCAGCAGAGGACGAGGAGAUCUACGCUGCUGUCAAGGCUUUUGGGUGGUAUUCAUGAGUUAACAGGUCUGUUUGUCAUCAGGUGCUACUGUCUGAUCUAGUUAAUGUUAGUCUGCUUAGAGCCAAACAGUUUGUAAUACAGUGGCUAUUAGGUAGUGAUCCACAUAUUGUAUGUAUGAAAGUUUGGCAUUUGAAACAAGUUGGAGUGAAAUCGAUUGAUGCAAACUAAUUACAUGUGUGGUUGAAAUUGUCCAUCCCUUGUAUAUAUACCAAUGUUCACGCCGAUGGAAAAAUUGUCUUUGGACUGUCGGUGGAACACUGUGCGAAUUCUACCCAGAACAGAUUGUGUUUCGUUCAUGUUGUCAGCAGCGUGUUGUCAUCUCUCCAUUCAUCUCCUGUCA